AAACAAGAGCCUCUUUUAUAUUAAUAACACACUCAAAGUCAAUGACUACUGUUUGAUCUCUCCUCUCUUCAUUUUUCCCUGUUGUCUUCUUUCACAAACGUCUCUCUCCUUGUUCUGAUUCUGUCUCCACUCUGUCCUUUCUCAUGUUGGUAUACUAAUCAACUCCAAAAAAAAAAAAAAAAUUCAUUACCUUUCUGAACGAAUUCUGUUUUCCCAUCUGGGAAUUGUUAUGGUAGAUUUUUUAUUUUGACUAGUUUAUGUAUAUGUGCCUGUUCUUUGUAUUUAGUUUCCCUGUUGAAUAUAUAAACAUAAGAUGAAGUGCUUUCACUACUUCAAAGAGAAGAAGUUCAGAAUCAGGGAAGAAAGAUCAGCUCCAGAGUUGAAAGAAUCAAGAAGAUCGUAUGAUUAUUCCGGUGGUGAACGUGUGGUUAAGUCUUCAUGUUCAGAAGCUUCUCAUCGUGGUAUACCAGAGUUGUAUGAAGAGAAAGCUCAUAACCUCCGAGUAUUUUCUUUCUCCGAGCUCAAGCAAGCCACAAAUAAUUUCAAUAGGCUGCUUAAGAUUGGUGAGGGUGGAUUUGGCAUCGUCUAUAAAGGUUCAAUCAAGCCUGCUGAUGGGAAAGGUGACUCCACUGUAGUGGCCAUUAAAAAGCUUAACAGGGAUGGGUUACAGGGUCAUAAACAAUGGGUGGCCGAAGUUCAGUUUCUUGGGGUUUUGGAACACCCGAAUCUGGUCAAACUCAUAGGAUACUGUGCUGCGGAUGGAGAAAGAGGAAUCCAGCGUCUUCUUGUGUACGAGUUUAUGCCAAAUAGGAGCUUAGAAGAUCAUCUAUUUGGCAGAGCAUUCCCACCUCUUCCUUGGAAAACAAGAUUACAAAUAAUACUCGAGGCAGCUCAAGGAUUGGCUUAUCUGCAUGAAGGAUUGGAAGUUCAGGUGAUAUUUCGAGAUUUCAAAUCUUCCAAUGUGUUACUGGAUGAGAAUUUUAAGCCCAAGCUUUCAGACUUUGGUCUUGCAAGGGAGGGGCCAUUGACUGGGCGUUCACAUGUUUCAACAGCAGUGGUGGGGACAUACGGAUAUGCAGCUCCAGAUUACAUAGAGACUGGACAUUUGACAGCAAAAAGUGAUGUAUGGAGUUUUGGAGUAGUACUGUACGAGAUUCUAACAGGGAGGAGGUCUCUGGAAAGAAACCGCCCAAAGUCGGAGCAGAAGCUUUUGGAAUGGGUCAAGCAGUAUCCUGUUGAUAGUAAAAAGUUUGGGUUAAUAAUGGACCAAAGACUUGAAAAUCACUAUUCUAUCAAUGAAGCUCGCAAGAUUGCCAAAUUAGCAGAUACUUGUUUGUCAAAGAGUGCCAAAGAUCGUCCCAUGAUGAGUCAGGUAGUGGAGAGGCUGAAGCAAAUUCCAGAAGAAGUGGACUCUUCUCCUUCUAAUAAGAAUUUGGAGCUGAAUGAAGGGGACCCAGUAAGAGAAAAUAAGACCACUCAGUUUGAACCUUCUGAAUCAUGGAAAAGACGGAUGGCUCACCUAGCUAAACUGAGCGACCAUGUAGAUGGAGCAAGUAGAAGAAGACUGAUGAUCAUGCAGAAGACCAAAGUGCUUUGAAACUUUCAAAUUUCGUUCCUUGUCUUGUACAGCCGAUGUAAUUAUUGUUAUCUGAGGGACUCUUGUGCUGUUAUAUUUGGAAGUAAUUCUAACCUAAUUUGUAAG